UUUUCUAUUAAAUAUAUAUUUUUUUACUAGCUUUUAUUGCAGUCUUUUAUAAUGAUUGAGAUGUGUUACUUUCGUUAAAACAUUGAAAAGUUACGAAAGUUCAUAGUGAAAUAAGUAUGAAUGAAAUUAAAGGAUUUAAUUGGAGAGAAAAAAUGAUCUCUCUCGGAUUUUUAAACGAGGAAUUUCGUCCGCUCUUUUAUUAUCGAACGUACUCGCUCGAUAUUUAUCACAUUAUCCCAUACGACAUAUCUAUUACGAUCUUGUGGCAUGACAUGAGUGCAACGAAACGAAGGUAGAGACUGAGUAUAUAAGCAGCGUGGGGAUAGCGGCGCGCGAGACAAUAUGUACCUGAGGAGGCCUGGUGUUGCCGAACGAACACCUGCUCCACACCGAGCGGGGACCUUUGUCCACAAGGGCCGAUAUAAAACUCGUACACCGUUUCACCACAGCCAGUAAACUUUCGAGAGACGUUCGAACAGGACAAUCACGCACGCGCUCGAUCGAGCUCGCUGCUGUUCCUGUGAAUUACGUUAAAUUCGUGCUAUCGCCAGACCGUGCCGAGUAAUAAUUUCGUCAUAAUAGCGUUGAAGCGAUCUCGUUAAAGAAAUUCAGACGAUUGAAAAUCCAUACGAAAGUCUUCGUGAGUGUUAAAAAAUGCGAAGAUUCAGUAGCCGAAAAAUUUGCAAUUAAAAGAGAGAGAUUUAUAAUAAUAUAAGAAAACUGAAUUGCUUUAACAUAUAAAAUUCGGAAAGUUCUAAAUUACGAGAUAUAUAUAUAUAUAUAUAUAAACCUGAAGAUUUCAAAAUUGCGAAGAAUUUUAUACGAGGACAGUACGAAAUUGCAACAAAGAUGAUGAAAGUACUAUGGUUGUUGUUGGCGGUGAUGAGCGCGCUGAUUGUCGGCACAUGCGCGGACGAGGAUCUGAAAAACACGAUUAAGCUGCUGCAGGAGCAAGUGAGUGCGUUACUGGACCAUCGGCAGGAGGAUUACAACGCUCUGGAGGAGAGUUUGAAGCGGGCAAUGGAGAAGAAUACUGAACUCCUUGUCCUCAGAAACGAAGUAAAACAAUUGAGGAAGGAAGUGAACGCUCUUCGCGGCGGAAGCGGCAACGAGGCGAAGAACGAGCGAUUGCGAGUACGAUGGCUCGGCAGCGCCGUGAUGGAACUGCAGAGCGAAGUCGCCGAAGUGCUCAGGGCGCGUAACGCCAGUGAGGAGCUGGCCGAGCGAUCGAGGAUGAGGAGCGAGCUGGUCUUGUUGAAGGGAGAUGUCGCCGAGGUUGGCAGGAGCAUACGCGAUCUCGGCGGCAGAAUCACCAAGAUCGAAGCUACGCUCAGUACCAUCAAGCUCGAUAUCGCCGCGACGAAGGAACGCGCUAGCGUCCUGUCUCGCUCUUGCGCGGACGUUAGCAGCCAGCUGAGCACAGUGCAAAUCGAGCUGAAAUCCUUAAAGUGCGGCCAGCAGCAUGAUCAGGCCAACAUCUUCCACAACGAAGUGAGCGGCGACUCAAGCCGUAGACGCAAUUACAUAUACGCCCUGACUCAUCGCGCUCGCUUCGAGGAACGUCUGCGGAACGUCGAACGGAAGAUCUCUCUCGUGGCGCGAAAGCGGGCGAUGGUGGAGAAGCGGGUGGUGUACGAGGAUCGCGAGCAUCUGGACGAGCGGACGAGGAGCCUCGAGCUGGCACAGGAGGAGCUCACCAAGAGACUGUCCAGUCGGGACUCGAUGCUGGGCGAGUCGGUGAUGCGACUGUACGAUUCGGUGCGCGUACUCGAAGAGGACGUCAGCAGCAAUCGCUCCGAGACGAAGAGAGAGCUGGCGCGGCUGGAGAUCAACGCGGCGCGCAAAGCCGCCGAGUUGUCGCUGACCAGGGAGGAGCUGGGCAACCUGCGGCGCACCGUUCAGGCGCUGAGCGUGAGCGCGUCGCAGCUGCAGGAAAGAAGCGACGCGCAGCGGAAGGGCCUGGACGCGUUGAACAAGACCGUUGGCCAUCUGGACGUCAGCCGGGUGGUGACGCGCGAACUGGAACAAGUGGAGGAUCAGUACCGGCUGAUGGUGGACUCGUUGCCCGGCAACUGCGAGGAACGCGACGGUCUCACCUUGUUGGCCCCCGGCCCCGGAGUGCCGUUACUCGCCUCCUGCCAUGCCGGUUGGAUCGUGAUAUCGCGCAGGAUCGACGGCGCCGUGGACUUCGAUCGCACGUGGAACGAGUACUCGGCCGGCUUCGGCUCGCCAGUCAGCGAAUUCUGGAUCGGUAACGAGGCGUUGCACCGGCUUACUCGUGACAACUGCAGCCGGCUGCGCGUCGACCUUACCGACACGUACGGCGUGCGCUGGCGCGCCGAAUACGAGCACUUCAGCGUCGAUUCCGAGGAGACCGGCUACCGGCUCCACGUCGCCGGUUAUUCCGGCAACGCUACCGACGCCCUAUCCUAUCAAGAUGGCAUGGCGUUUAGCGCGAAAGACCGCGACAUGGACAUUAGUACGACCGACUGCGCGGCCAACUACCGAGGCGGAUGGUGGUUCAGUCACUGCCAGCACGCCAAUCUCAACGGCAGGUAUUCGUUGGGCCUGACGUGGUUUCAGUCCGCUAGCAACGAGUGGAUGGCAGUCGCGUCCGCUGAGAUGUCGGUGCAGCGUGGUGGACGAUCGUCACCUUGAAGAAAGCCGCGCAUACGUAGAUCAGAAUACCAAAGAGUCGUUUAAGAACCGAUGUAAAUACAGUGUACAGUCGUGUACAAUCUCGUUGUACAGUAAUAGUAGAAAGCCAAUGAGAUUUAUCAAUUUUCUGCUCUCCAAUAAAUCGUAUA